CACCCCAUCAGUACGGUUUCGGACAUGUCCCAGUGAGCAGUUGCUAGUUAGCUUGGGCGCUGUGUGUGCAAAAGCGAGUGCCGGUUGACUUUCCGAUCGUAUAACCUAGUGAAGGUCUGCGUGCUGAACGGGCACAAUCGUAUCCUUCGAUAAGUUGGUCGGCUAUAAGCUACCGGAGGUCACGACCAAACAGUUUAACCUAAAAUCAUACACAAUGUACAAAGUUUCAAUCUGCAAAUGACAUCUCUAAGCUGAGUGUAGAAUAGACAUCAAUAAAUCAAUCUGAAUAAUUACCUAUAUCAAAAAUGGAGCAAACUGUUCCGGAGACUGCUUCCGGUGUCCAACAGCAAGGGAAUGUCAAGAACGAUCAGCCCAUCCGACCGCAAUGGACCGGCUCCAGCAAGUCCGAUGUCAACAAUUACAUCUUCGGCAACAUGAAGGCCAGCCUUACGGAUGUUCCAACGCAAACGGCCGCCGGUUCCACCCUGCCGCUAGUAGGAAUGCCCAAGGAUGACGAGGAAGCCGCCUGUUACAACCCGUUCGAGAACCGGAAGCUGACGCACCCUACCUCGGAUCUGGACACGUUGAUACAUCUGCUCAAGGGUUCGCUCGGGUCGGGCAUCCUGGCGAUGCCGCUGGCGUUCGUGAACGCCGGCCUAUGGUUUGGAUUGGGAGCUACCAUUGCUAUUGGUGCCAUCUGUACCUACUGUAUUCAUAUUCUAGUGAAGUGUUCCCACCUGCUGUGCCGGAGAGCGCAGGUUCCCUCGUUGGGCUUUGCUGAUGUGGCCGAAACGGCGUUCCUGGCUGGACCGGAUGGAAUUAAAAAAUACUCGCGACUGGCGCGGUUUAUCAUUAAUUUGUUCCUUGUGCUGGAUCUGCUCGGCUGCUGCUGCAUCUACAUUGUAUUCGUUGCGACCAAUGUCAAGCAGGUGGUGGAUUACUACACUCACAGUCAUCUCGACGUGCGGUACUACAUUUUGGUCUCGUUAGUUCCUCUUAUAUGCAUCAACUUAAUCAGGAAACUGAAAUAUCUGACACCAUUCUCGAUGAUUGCCAACAUUCUGAUUGGCACAGGCGUCGGUAUUACGCUGUAUUACAUAACUCAGGACUUGCCGUCAUUCUCGGAAAGAAAAACAAUAGCUGAAGUACAUCAUUUACCAAUGUUUUUCGGAACGGUCAUCUUUGCCCUGGAAGGUAUCGGCGUAGUCAUGUCACUGGAGAAUAACAUGAAAACUCCGCAGCACUUUAUCGGUUGCCCUGGCGUGUUGAACACUGGAAUGGCAGUUGUGGUGGUGCUAUACGCCAGCGUUGGAUUCCUCGGGUAUCUCAAGUACGGUGAUGAAACGAAGGGUAGUAUAACGCUAAACUUGCCGGUGGAAGAUGUUCUGGCUCAAGCUGUCAAAGUUAUGAUUGCUGUAGCAAUCUUCCUCACUUACACGUUGCAGUUCUACGUGCCGAUGGAAAUCAUCUGGAAGAAUGUGAAGCAUAACUUCAAUCAGCAUAAAGAAACUGCCGAGUAUGCCAUCCGAAUUGGACUUGUGACACUCACCGUAUUGAUCGCAGCCGCCCUUCCCAACAUUGGCCCGUUCGUAACACUAAUUGGUGCCGUGUGUCUCAGCACCCUGGGCAUGAUGUUCCCGGCCGUCAUCGAAUUGGUCACCUACUACGAGAAGCCCGGUUACGGCCGUUUCAACUGGAUCCUGUGGAAGAACAUUGGACUAAUCUGUUUCGGUGUGAUUGGUUUCAUUACCGGUACCUACGUCAGUAUCGAAGAAUUCUCGCAGCACCCGGAAGAAGUAUAAAUAAGUCUCGUAAACCGCCCCGCAAAGCAUUGGGCAUACUUCCGGUUGAGUAAUUAGUAGAAAGUAGUACGAGAGCCUCAUCUUGCGCGCUCACUAGGAAGUAUGCACAUUGGAUCGGAAGUGCACGUGAUGGUGUCCCGAAUCUCCUCCAGCUACCCAUCAGUAAGUGGGCAGCACUAUGCGAGACAGGCUCGAGUCACUGCCUCGGUCGCCACCCUGACGACCAACGGUUACACUCACUGUUGGUAGCCAGUCUCGUCAGUCGGAAUUCGGGGGUAUCAAAAAGCACGUGUCACUUCUACUCUGUUGUGUUUCCGAUUUGGGAAACUUUUUCGUAUAUCUUCACCCUAUAAUAUAAAAGAAAAUUGUAAACAUCGUUGGAAAAUACUACGAAUAUGAUUCGGACUAUUUUUAAUUGCAAAAGUUUUCCAUUUCAACCAUUGUGUUUUAGACCUUGUAAAGGAAUUUUCAUUAGAAUUAGUGGCUUCAAUGGACUAGAGUAUUAGGCAGUAGAAUCGAAACCAAUGUGAUGUGGAGCCUGUUUCUGAUUGUUAUACCAGCAGAUGUUGUGGGUGAUGCUUUGUUCAAUUAUUACAUGUAAAAUUAAAUAAAUCUCGAAAACGGGAAUUAUAAAGACAAAAGAAUAAAAUGGACAUGAUUUAUGUUCUUAUCAACAUCGUUUAAAACUAUGUUUCCUCAUCGAAAGCUUUCUGACGGUAGGGUUCAUUCAUUGAAAAACUAUAAUCAAUUGUCAACUGAUAAAUUGGUGAUCGUUUUAAAGUGCCAUUCACACAAGUAGGCGAUUUUGUUAGUUGUUUAUUCAAAAGAAGACAUUUUUUCAUCCGUUGUCAAUUCUAUUAAAUGUCCGAAAUUACUUUUAGCCACUCGGUUAAACUCCGCCAUAAAAUGUUACCAUAAAACAAACAGUAAUAAAACACGCUACUGUCUUCCAAAAAUAUCGAAAAUGAAACUACUCGAGCGGGCGUUCAAAAUAUUUACGAAAACACGGACAAAAUCUCAACCAUGAACUGCAAAUGUUCCUAAUAAUUUAUUUCUAAUCUACUUAGUAGCGAACAUUGUAGCGAAGAGCCAUAUUCUUCGUCGAAGGACUGUAGUUGGAAAACAUUAUACAAGUUAUUUAAUUGUAGACAAAGGCAGGUAAAAUAACGAGACAGACAAUAUCCGUAACGUUAAUCUUAAGCUAAGCUCACUGUUGAGAUAUAAAUGUUGUAGAUUUUGCAAAAAGUGAUUGAAUAAAUAAAAAUCAACAGUAUUAUAA